AUCGAAGGAAUUUAAGAAUAAUUAAAGGUUUUCAGAGACUAAGGAUUCCACUUUAGGAAUAGAGAAGUGGAUCUGGUUAGUUAAUCUGGUUACUAAUUUUUCUCGUUGGUAUUGGUAAACCUUUUUAGCUUUCCUUUUUGUGGAGUUCGUUCAUAUUGUAAUUGAAUGGGAAGGUGUCUCUUGUUUUAUUUGACACCUACCCGUCAUAUUAUUUAAGGGUAUUAUCAUGAGUUUAUAGAAGAAUAUUGUACUCGGCCUUUGUAAUUUUCGGAGAAUGAUGAAAAAAAUCUCAGCUUUGAAUUUUCAAAAGUUUAUUGAAAAUAUAUAGGUAGGCUUUUGAUGUAAGUGGUGAACAAUAGAGAAAGGGUAGGGGUUAUGCUGGGUAAUUGUAGUUUUUAUUGUUGUGAGUUGGUGGAUCUUCGGAAGUAAGUUAGAAAGGGAAAUGAUAGAUUGACAGUAAAGAAAGAAAAACCGUUUCCUCUGUUGCGUAGCAAUUAUGCCCGUUAUUAGGUUUUUGCUUUAGCUUGGGUCUAAUGGACUCCGGAAGUCACUUGUUCUGUUUUCAUCUUCAACUACCUUUAUGGUCAAAAUGACUGACCACUUAGUCACUAAGUAUCAUGUUGAACAAUUAGAUUUUGUUUACUUCAUGGCCAGCCAAUGUUUUGAUCAUUAUUUAGAAAUGUUGUGUGGUCAAAUCAUUACAAAAUGUCUUCAACCAAAAUGAAUUGUUUAAGGGGAGAGAUCAUUUUGGUCACUUCCACGUAGCAUUUUGCUCUUUAGACUCAUUUGAUUACGUCCUCUUCUUUAGAAAUGUGAUGUCACUUUUUUCCCCAAAAGAGUAUUAAAAAUAUUGGAUGGGAGCAUUUUUCAAACAAAUUGUAUUUAAGCUGCUAAUCUAAAUUGGUUUGCAGUUUUUGUAGUUUUCAUAAAUUAACGGUGAAAGCAUUAUCUUUCGGUAAAAAUACGUGGCAGUAACUACAUUUACUGAGUUCUUACUGUGUGCUAGACACAGUUCUAAGCCCUGCACAUGGUUUUUCUAGUAGUCCAGCAGAACUCCAUGAGGUAAAAACUAUUAUCCUCUCUUUACAAAUGUAUGUAAUUUUAUUAGUACUUCUUUCCGUAGUGAUAUAAUUUCUUACUAAAACAAAAUUUCUUACAAUUAACUCAUAUAGUUUAAAAGAUUCUGCCAAAAUGAAGUAAAAUUUAAGUCAUAGUAGACAUACAAAGACCUUUAUUAUGUCUCUGUGAAUGCUGUAAUCGCAAUUACAAAUUAAUAAUAGAUGUGUAUCAUUUAAUUAUAAAAAAGAAAAAAGUUCAUUUUGACACCCUCGUUUUGCUUACUUGUUAACACCAGAACUACUACUUUCAUGUCAUAGGAGAAAGAGGAAUAAUUCCAUUUAAUUUUUCUGUUUACUCUAUUUAAACAGUGUAACUGUCUAGUGGCCCAAUUUUCUCAUUGUAUAUCAACCUUAUAUGCUUUUUCAUAUUAUUCUGAACAAAACAAAAUCCAUUGUAUAUAAUUACCUUUGCAACAAAGAUUUGCCAUAUUUUUCUAUGAUUGCUGCUAGUGAGUACCCUUGUUAUGCUAGAAAGCAUAGAAAACAUCUGUUUAAGUAAAAUUGUCAUGGUUUCAUGAAAGGAAAUCCUAGAAAAGAGACCAUCAAAAAGCAAAAUGCAAACAUUAGAAUUGAUCUGGAAAGUUGGUGGUUCCCAAAAUUAGAAGAAUUAGAAGAGAAAGGGCUCUAAAUUUUGAAAUAGCCAUCUAACACAAAAUAAGAUUUUAGCUCCAGAUGCUGAAAAUGGUAGAUGUGGGGCUAUUAAAAAAAAAAAGGAUAUGUUACAUAUGGAUACUCUUCAUAUUAAGGUGCAUGUAAAUAGUACAUGAACAGUAAAACCCUGAUUUACUAGAAUACGAUCAAAUUUUUCUGUGCUCUCUUUUUACUAAUGAGAAGAAACCACAAUCAAGUAAGUUUGUGUUGGGAAAAUAGGAAAAACAAAACUACAGGUCCGCUAAACCUUUAACCUUAAUGUCUCUGUGAAGUACAGUGCUGUGAUUGAGAUUGUUUAGGGUGAUGACAGGCAUUGGAAUCAUCUCUAUCCUGAAGGAUUACUUUGGUCACUAUUUCUGGCUCAAGAGCAGUAGUGCAUUUUAGAAAUAAAUUUUGGCAAUGAUUGAUACACAAGGAAAGGUUUACCUCUUAGUAAACCAGAAAAAUCAGUUAACCAGAACACUCAUUUGCGAACAUGAUUAAUUGAACGUUUACUGUAAAAAGAAAAAUAAGUGAUUAUAGUUUGUUAAUAUAACUAUACUAUUUGAGAAUUCCAUGGUAAUUCAUUGUUUGCAUAUUUUGCAUUUUUCCUGAAAAUGGUGUUGAUGAGUUAAGAUCAAAGCACAAAAUUACUGCAUCAGUUUUGCAUGUGGGUAGUUGAUAAUUUUCAGAUUUUUUUUUUUACCUGAAAAAACAAAAAAGCUUAGUCUUGAUUGGGGGAGAGUGUUUUUUCUUAACUAUAAAAGAAAAGUGAGACCAUUUUCUUAAAUUUGUUUUUGUAGGCUGUCAAGAGAAAAUAGGAGCUGUACUUUUGAUACCUAUAUAAAGUACAUAAAAUAUUUUAGGAUGGCAUAUAAGGUGAUUCUUAUUAAAAAUAUAGAUCAAUGUGUUUAUAUUUAUACAUUUAAAAUGGGUCAUACUGUAGUAAGUAUUUGAGCUUCACAGUACAUGAGGGAGCACUUUGUAAUAGGCAUGGUGAUUGCUCACUGUCCUUAACCUGGGCCUCUGGUUAAGGCUAUACCCUGACGUGCCUAGGAUUCCUUAUUAGUUUAUUCUUACUAGUUUAUCCCCCUUUGGGUCACGUUUAUGUUUUUCAUUGGUAACUUUUUUUUUUUUUUUUUUUGACACAAAGUCUUGCUCUGUCUCGACCAGGCUGGAGUGCAGUGGCACGAUCUCGGCUCACUGUAACCUCCACCUUCCGGAUUCAAGUGAUUCUCCUGUUUCAGCCUCCCGAGUAGCUGGGACUACAGGCAUGUGCCGCCACACCUGGUUAAUUUUGUAUUUUUAGUAGAGACGGGAUUUCACCAUGCUGGCUAGGCUGGUCUUGAACUCUGACCAUAGGUGAUCCACCUGCUUCGGCCUCCCCAACUGUUGGAAUUACAGGCAUGAACCACCAUGCCCAGCCUUUCAUUGAAGAAGCUCAUUCAUACAGAAGACCCAUUUAAUGAUGAACAUCGGGAGAGGCAAGAAGUGGAAAUGUUGGCUAAGAAGUUUGAAAUGAAAUACGGUGGGAAACCCCGUAAACACCGGAAGGAUCGGCUACAAGAUUUAAUUGAUAUAGGCUUUGGCUAUGAUGAGACAGAUCCAUUUAUUGAUAACUCAGAGGCUUAUGAUGAAUUAGUUCCCGCUUCUCUAACAACAAAGUAUGGAGGCUUUUAUAUCAACACUGGCACUCUGCAGUUUCGCCAAGCUUCAGAUACUGAAGAAGAUGAUGCUACAGACAACCAAAAGCACAAGCCACCCAAAGUUCCCAAAAUAAAAGAAGAUGAUAUCGAGAUAAAGAAGCGGAAGCGGAAAGACGAAGGGGAAAAGGAGAAGAAGCCAAGGAAAAAAGUACCCAAACAACUGGGAGUUGUGGCUCUAAAUUCACACAAGUGUGAAAAAAAGAAGAAACGUUAUAAAGAUUCUCUUUCUCUAGCGGCCAUGAUUAGAAAAUUCCAGAAGGAGAAGGAUGCAUUAAAGAAGGAGUCUAGCCCCAAAGUCCCAGUGACCUUGUCAACUUCCUCUCUGAAUAAACCCCCUUGUGCCACUGCAGCACUGGGGAAUGAUGUCCCGGACUUAAAUCUGAGCAGCGCUGAUCCAGACCUUCCCAUUUUUGUUAGCACAAGUGAACAUGAGCUGUUUCAGGAAGCCGAAAAUGCCCUAGAGAUGCUAGAUGAUUUCGACUUCGACAGAUUACUGGAUGCUGCUUCUGAUGGUAGCCCCCUGUCUGAGUCAGGGGGUGAAAAUGGAACCACCACCCAGCCAACCUAUACUUCUCAGGUUAUGCCCAAAGUGGUACCUACACUCCCAGAGGGUCUACCUGUACUUCUUGAAAAACGUAUCGAAGACCUCCGUGUAGCUGCCAAACUUUUUGAUGAAGAAGGAAGAAAAAAAUUCUUUACACAAGAUAUGAAUAAUAUUCUUCUGGACAUUGAGUUACAGCUACAAGAACUAGGCCCUGUCAUUCGCAGUGGUGUCUACUCCCACCUUGAAGCUUUUGUGCCAUGCAAUAAAGAAACACUAGUAAAACGUCUAAAGAAGUUACAUCUCAAUGUCCAGGAUGAUCGUUUAAGAGAACCUCUGCAAAAACUGAAACUGGCUGUUAGCAAUGUCAUGCCUGAACAGCUAUUUAAAUACCAGGAGGACUGCCAGGCUCGUAGUCAAGCUAAGUGUGCCAAAUUGCAGACAGAUGAAGAACGAGAAAAAAAUGGAUCUGAAGAAGAUGAUGAGGAGAAACCAGGAAAACGUGUCAUAGGACCAAGAAAGAAAUUUCACUGGGAUGAUACCAUCAGAACUUUGUUAUGUAACCUUGUUGAGAUCAAACUGGGAUGCUAUGAGUUAGAGCCAAAUAAAAGCCAGUCUGCUGAAGAUUAUCUUAAGUCUUUUAUGGAGACAGAGGUGAAGCCCCUGUGGCCUAAGGGCUGGAUGCAGGCAAGAAUGCUUUUUAAGGAAAGCCGGAGUGUUCAUAAUCAUCUUACUUCUGCUCCGGCAAAGAAAAAGGUGAUUACUGCACCUAAACCCAAAGUAAAGGAGGUGAUGGUAAAGACCCUUCCUCUCCAUUCUUUCCCCACUAUGCUUAAGGAGUGUAGUCCAAAAAAGGACCAGAAAACUCCUUCAUCCCUUGUGGCUCCAGUUAGCGGUCCUCCAACGAGCACCAGCACAACUGCCGUUGCCGCAGCCAGCUCUAGCUCUGUAUCAGCCCAAGAAACCAUCUGCCUCGAUGACUCACUAGAUGAAGACCUUUCUUUCCCUUCACCUUCACUGGAUCUUGUUUCUGAAGCUUUAGCGGUUAUCAACAAUGGAAACAAGGGCCCUCCGGUUGGCUCAAGGAUAAGCAUGCCAACCACAAAGCCUCGUCCAGGACUGAGAGAAGAAAAGUUAGCAAGUAUCAUGAGUAAGCUGCCACUGGCUACUCCGAAAAAACUAGAUUCUACUCAGACUACACAUUCUUCAAGUCUUAUUGCUGGUCACACGGGGCCAGUACCAAAGAAACCCCAGGAUUUAGCUCAUACCGGCAUCUCUUCAGGCCUUAUUGCUGGUUCUUCCAUUCAGAACCCUAAAGUUUCUUUAGAACCUCUGCCAGCCAGGCUACUUCAGCAAGGACUUCAAAGGUCAAGCCAGAUUCACACUUCCUCCUCUUCACAGACUCACGUCUCCUCUUCCUCCCAAGCCCAAAUUGCUGCCUCUUCUCAUGCUCUGGGAACAUCUGAGGCCCAAGAUGCUUCUUCGUUAACACAAGUAACAAAGGUGCACCAGCAUUCAGCUGUCCAGCAGAACUAUGUGUCUCCAUUACAGGCCACCAUCAGUAAAUCCCAGGCCAACCCCGUGGUGAAAUUAAGUAAUAAUCCCCAACUCUCCUGUUCCUCCUCGCUUAUUAAGACUUCAGAUAAGCCACUUAUGUACCGCCUUCCCUUAUCUACCCCCUCACCUGGAAAUGGUUCUCAAGGGUCCCACCCCCUGGUUUCUAGGACAGUACCUAGCACCACUACCUCCAGUAACUAUUUAGCCAAGGCUAUGGUAUCACAAAUCUCCACGCAGGGUUUCAAAUCUCCGUUCUCAAUGGCUGCCUCCCCCAAACUUGCAGCAUCUCCCAAGCCUGCCACAUCUCCUAAACCCCUGCCCUCACCUAAGCCUUCUGCCUCACCCAAGCCCUCUCUGUCAGCUAAGCCUUCAGUAUCAACUAAACUUAUUUCUAAAUCCAACCCAGCUCCCAAGCCUACUGUAUCCUCUAGUAGUACAAGUCCAAAUGCACUAGUAGCCCAGAGUAGCCACUCCAGCACCAACAACCCAGUCCAUAAACAGCCCAGUGGAAUGAAUAUCAGCAGACAGUCUCCCACCUUGAAUUUAUUGCCCUCUAACCGCACUUCAGGCCUUCCAUCUACAAAAAAUCUUCAGGCCCCCUCAAAGCUAACAAACUCAUCAUCCACUGGAACUGUUGGGAAGAAUAGCUUGAGUGGAAUUGCAAUGAAUGUACCUGCCAGCAGAGGUAGUAGCAACCUUAACUCAAGCGGAGCUAAUAGGACUAGUCUAUCUGGGGGAACAGGAAGUGGAACACAGGGUGCUACCAAACCAUUGUCUACUCCACAUAGACCAUCUACUGCCUCAGGGUCUUCAGUGGUAACAGCCAGUGUGCAGUCCACAGCAGGAGCAUCAUUAUUGGCUAAUGCCUCACCUCUGACUCUCAUGACAUCACCUUUGUCUGUGUCAAAUCAAAAUGUGACUCCUUUUGGGAUGCUGGGUGGCCUUGUUCCAGUGACCAUGCCCUUCCAGUUUCCCUUGGAGAUAUUUGGCUUUGGAACGGACACAGCUGGAGUGACAACCACGUCGGGAUCUACCUCAGCCGCUUUCCACCAUAGCCUAACUCAGAAUUUACUAAAGGGUUUACAGCCAGGAGCUCAGCAUGCAGCGACGCUUUCCCACUCACCUCUGCCUGCACACUUACAGCAAGCAUUUCACGAUGGAGGCCAAAGUAAAGGGGACACUAAAUUACCACGGAAAUCUCAGUGACUGCCCAGCAAGCAAAGGAGACGAAAUGUUUAGUUGACUGAUGGAAUCUACCUGAUGGGAAAGUACUUAUGUGGUCAUAGGGCUGCUGUUUCUGUCGAUGUUUACAUUCUCUCGUCCCAAGCACUGUGGUGAGGAGGAAAAAGAAAACAUUACUUGAGCAAAGCCAGGUGCAGGAGGAAGAAAUGCUUUUGUGCAAAGUUAUUGACCUUUGGUCUCUUCUAAAGAAAGACAAAGUUACCAUAUUAACAGACUUGAAAGACACUCAGUUGUCAAACCCACAGAAAUACAAAUUUCAUUUUUCCCGGGGGAGGAAGAAGGAAGGCAAGAGAAUUUGGGUAAACUCCAUCCAUCCUGGGGGUUGGAUCUGAACACUUACCGACAUAAUUGCAUAAUAAAAGGCAUUAAAAACUGGAAUUAGGCCAGUUUGUCAGGAAUAAUGAUCAUGUCUUUGAGUGGACUGUAGCAAAUUUGCCACAAAAAAAAAAAUGUUGAUUCUCCGAUAGGCAGUAGCUGAAGAAAUACCAUACCCUCAAAAAUCCUGAACAAACUUGAAUCUUCUCCAGUGUGUAGCAACUCCCCAUGUAAAUCAGUGGACUAAAGAUCCUUCAGGAAAGUUAUUUUAGCACAGUGAUAUAUAUCUAGAUUUUUAAAAAUCAGGAAGUUGAGCCUGUUGCUCUUAAGUGAUGAAACUUAGAUGUCCCCUUUUUGUAAAAGGGUCAAUUUCAUCUUCCAUUCAGAAGCAGGUACUUAACUCUUUUCUUCAGGUGAUUUGUGCAUCUGGUAUUGCCUGGUUAAUUCUUAUUUGCAUUCUUGAUGUUAAAAUGUGACUGUGUUCACAUUUUUCUUUUGAGAAAUGGGGAUCUUUACAGGGUUAUUGCUUUACUGCUUUUAGCCCUUACAGCAACAUAAACUCUUAAGUUUCCCCCAAUUCAUCUAACUUCACAACUUCUUCUGUUCUUUUAGCUAGUGGUACUUCAGGUGAUUAUUAGCUAUUGAUAUAUAAACAGGUAGAAGUAUAAACUGUGUUUCAUCAUUGGUCAUUCAAAUGGCAUAAAUAUAGUUUCUGAAUUUUUAAGAUGGUAUUUUAAAGGGAGGAAUUACAUUAGGAUGACAAUCACAAUGUAUUUCUACUCCCUGUAUCCAGUGUAGUGAAAUUGUUUGGAGCAUUUGAGAUCCUAAAGUUUUAUUGAUGUUUACUCAGUGUAUUGAUAUGUGAGUAAAUCUGCAGAUAAUAAGACUCCUUAGUUAUUAUAGCUUCCUUAUGCAAAUAGCAUAUUCAACAAAGGAUGUUAAGGUAAAAAUGUAUGGUUCUCCUUGGCUACACUUGAUUUGACUUGGGCUUUUUUUCUUUUGGCCUCAUUAUUCUAGUUUUUUAAGCUUCUGAAUAUUUUCAGACUAUAUUGGAGAAUGGUCCAUUUCUAAUGACACACUAACCUAAAAAACCAAUAGACUGGUACUAGCAAGAUUUCUUGCAUAUGUGCUUAUUACACAUUACAUUAUACCAUUAAAUUUAUUCAAAUAAGAGUAUUAACCAGGCCCUUUUUUCUUUUAUACACAAAAGUCCCAGAUAUCCUACAGGACUGUGAAUAAAUAACCACAGAUCUGUUCAGAUCUGUAUGCCUGUAUUUUGACUUCAAAGUCACAUUGGCUUGCUUCAUAGCGAAAAAGUUAAUAAAUAACUGAAAACUUUAGUUCCAAGAACUUGUUACGGUAAAGGGAAAGGAUUAUUUCAAAGGAAUCACUGAUACAACUUCUUGACUCUAAGAAUUUAGUUUACCAGUAGAACAAAUAUGUGAAUAUAGUGUGAACCGCAGUGGAUAUUUUGGAAGGAUACUGGGAGGAUGUUGCAGAGAGGUUUGACUUGAAUUCAAUAUGUUUGAUGAAGGUUUGCUUGGUUUCAAAUAGGGACGCUUACCCAGUUUUUUGAUGUUUUCAAAGGUAGUCAACCUCUUGCUUUUAUGAAAUUUGAAUAAAAAGGUCUUUGCUUAAUACUAGGGUAAGUGAUGGGAUUUUCCUUUGGGAAGGUAGCCUUUGUUUUACUUCUCAUACCACAAGAGAAGUCAAAGUGCAUACUAAUCUCUCUUCCUGGAUAAUGAUACAUAUGUCUGUCUGUCUGUAUAUAUACAUACACACACAUAUUCAUAUAAAUGACUAGUUUGAGUCAAAAAACCAUUUGAAUUUCUUAACCAUCAAUUCUGAAUCAUGCCAUGUGAAAAAUCAUACUCUCAUCAUUAGAAAAGAACAGGAUAAUCAGUUCUUUUCCCUGUAGCGUUUUAUGCUAACCAGUAAAAAUAUCUGAAGGCCUAUGGCUCCAAGAAUAUAAUACGGAGAUUCUGCUGUGUUCUCUUUAGUCUUGAUUCCUUGAGGACUGCUGUCAGAUUCCCACCUUAAACCCUCAUCUGCACUGACGACUUAUAUUCAUUUUAAUCAGGACCCCCCUUUUAUGUUGUAUGAAUCAGUCAGGCAUCCUUGUAUUGCUGUAUGAAGUAUGAUCAGAGAGUUUCUACAUGUAAAUACAAAUCUAUUUCUUUUCUAGAUCAUAACAUUGAAAAAGGUGUCCAUACUUCAUGGUCACCUGUCUUUACCGUUUUUAUUACUAAAAACAGACAUAUAAAUUGGUUAUUUUUUAGCACAGAGACUUGUGACUCAUACUGUAUUUUUGCACUUAAAAAUCAAAUUAUGUUAUUUUUUGAAAUGGUGAGUCAUUGGAAAGGAUAUCUAUAGAGCAACAUGUAUUUCUAAAGAGCAUUAGCAACAUCCAAAUGCAAAAAAUAAUCAGCACACAUGAUUAUAUCCCACCCCUCGGGAUUCUUGAUUCAGGAAGAUUAAGCUGUUUGUUUUGAACUGUUUUAUAUUUUAAAUUGCCUUCACUGAUAUAUAAGCUGUUACUGUACAUACAAGUUAAUCCUCAGUAUUCACAAGCAAUAACAGUCAGCGGAGUUGUCCUCGGAGAUAGCUGUGCUGAUGGAGACUGGGAGCAAAGUGUCAAGCUCAUUCAGAGCCUCCAGAAUAAAUGCAAGCAAUAAUUUCCAUUAUAAGUCAAUUGUAAGUCUUGUAUGCUUUUGAGGUCAGAGGGUAAAUGAAAUCAUGAUUUUAAAACAGCCUGAAGAAAAAGGUUUUAGGAAAGGAAAUGAGGCUAAUCUGUAGUCACAAAAUUCUGAUAUUUCGCACAAAUCAGAAGAUGGUGAUAGUGCAUUCUUUCACGCCCACCACCCCUUUGAUGGAUGUUGUUAGCCCAAAUUACAUUUUCAUAUCAUGAACAUUGAAUAGGGUUUAUUGAAUCACAAAGGUAAGGGGAAGAAUCGGGCACAUACGUGUUUGAAUACUGUGGGUUUGACACCUGGUUGAAAACUUACUGGACAUGAUUUUUAACCCAGGAUAUUUUUUUCCCAAAGCAGAUCUAAAUUGUUUACUCCCCAGGGUUGGAAAGGACAGGCACCUCUAAUCUAGUCUUUCUCCUCUGGUUGCCCUCUCCCACACCCCUUUCCACCUAUACUUGGUUCAAGACAUUUUCUGAAAUGAAAAUUCUACUGUCGUUCAAACUGCCAUUGGUUAUGAGAACUCUGUGUCCUUUGGGAUCAUCUCUUAGAACUCCAGUGAUCUAUCUCAUAUUUGCUGCUACAUUUGUAAAAUGAACUUUGCCUGUAUUGGUUGACUUUAAUCUAAUUUACAGUUCUUUAUUUCUAGGAUGUUUUGUCCUCUAAUUUGACUCAUGUAUACAAUUAGGAUACUUUAUUUUAGGAGUGUACCAUAAAAGCACACUGGUCCCUAUGUUGUUUUUAUCAUUUAGGUUUGGAAUUUCUGUUUGCUUUUUUUUGUUUUAAGUUGGAAAUAGAAGAAUGAGAAAAAUCUAUAAUCAGGCCCAACUUGAGAACUUUCCCUGUGCUUCAGCACUGUAAUUCUGCUGACCUAAUGUUCUCAAAAGAGGCACUUUUACUUUCUAUUGUGCAUGUAUGAUUGUUGUUUUUGCUUUUGGGGGGGUUUGUGUUUGUAAUAAUGAAGCAGAAGAAAAGUGCAGUAGUAGAUAAAUGACUGAUCACAAACAUGUUAUGCAAUUUUAUUUUAUAAAGUUUUAAGGGGAAAAGUUUAACUCUUUGUAAAUCAUUUCUUAGCUCUGGUAAAAUGCUUAUAUUACUCCUCUAAAACAUGCUCAAUUCAGGCCUUUGUCUUUGUUAAGUGCCUUUUUUCUUUCUUUUUUCCCCUCUUUUGAAACCUUUUUCAGAUUAUCUUAAAGUACAGACUGAUAAGUCAGGGGAUUCAGGAGGAAGAAUCUCACACUUGCCAACAUCAUGUCAUGCUGUAAUCCUCUUUUCUUUAUAUGUAUAUGGAUAUAUGUGUAAGAUACAUACAUUACAUAUAUAUAAAACUAGGAGCUGCUGUACCAUUGCAUCCUUUCCAAACACUCCCCUUUCACUGUUUGCAAAACUUCUGCCUUGUUUAUUCCAUUGCUUUUAGUUGAUUAAAGUGGGUGGAUUAGAAAAGUAUCUUUUCACAACAGGCCAUCUUUGCCCUUUAAAUAUCUGUUUGUAGAUGUUAACAGCAACACACACACACACACACACACACACACACACAUUUGUCAGUUAUUAUAAGUAAAAUAAACUUAGUGAAUCAUUGACUAUUCUUGGUUAUAACCCACUUUUCUGUGCUCUUUAAACUUGGCGUAAGUAGUAUAGGAGAAAGCAUUGGAAUAACAAGAGUACCCUUGCAGGUCAUGUUGAUAAGGUGUGCUGGACUAAACGUGGGAAGGCCAGCAUUAGAACCAUCGUAUGGUAUCUGAGUAAGUUUAGAAGGAAGUCAGCAACUGUCAAUGUUAAAUAUGUAUCAUAGUUUCUUCUGGAACAUGAUUUUUGAAGGAAUCAUAUAGCUGCAUAUCUGUUAAAAGAUUAAUAAACUCAGAAGUAGAAAGACUUCAGAUGUUGAGGAAAACAUUCAUAUCUAUAGCAUUCUUGAGAGAUUUUCCAUUUGCUUUUUAUUUGCCAUAUAAUUAUAUUUGGCUUAAUCUGAUUUAAUGGUUAUUUAGAUUUCUCCCUUGAGCAGAACAACAUAACUUUCAGUAUCUAAGAUUCAUCGAUUUCUUGUUGAAAAUAAAUAGAUGUGACAUGUUAAGGGAGACCAAGUUGAACCAUCCUUCAAAACCCAGUACAAAUAUACCUAGUAAGUGCCCCCUUUUCAGUAAAUUUUAAUUGGGAAGAACAGACUAGUGGCUUAAACGGAGAAAGCAGAAGCUCCUGAGAGUGUUACCUGAUAGCAAAACUUGCCAGGCAGCUGGAAUUCACAAGUGUUACUCUUGAAUGACUAUGUCUAGGGGGAAUAUCAUUUAACCUUCGUGCCUCGGAUUACCCAUUAAACAAUUGGGUAUAAUCAUAUUCACCUACCUCCCAGGGAUAUCAGAGACUUUAAGUAAUUUCAAAAAUAUUUUGAGUUUUUGUAAAAUGUCCUAUAUAAUUAAAAAUAGUAUUAUCAUCUUCCUGCAGAGGCUAAAAAAUGUUUUCCUUAUAAUGCAUAUAAAAAGCACCCUAUGAUUUUUUAAAAAAUCACUGGAAUUCUAAUUUAGAUACAUAUUUGUUAUUUAAACAUUAUCUUUGAAGUGGGAUAAAAUGUUUAGUUUCAGGUUAACAAGGGAGAGAGAUAACACUAAGUUUAAGUAGUUAUUUUUAGGCUUUUACGGUGUUACUGUGAUUUUUGUCAAGGUUGUGGAGCUAAAGUUAGAUAAAGUUUUAAUGCUUGGUUAUUGGAGUUGAUAAAUGAUCCUGGAAUUUUAACUGCCUCACUUUUCCAUCUUCUCCGUCUAAUUUCCUUUUAUUACUUGUUUGGGGACGGGUAGCUAAGCUUUUUAACUUUCUAAGAAUGAGUGGUAUGUCUCCUUGUUCUUGCAAAUCAAGAGAUUGUGUACUAAUUUCAUUAACUGUAGGUAUAUCCAGCUCUGCACUGAAGGGGGUGAGCACUACACACAGCCAGCUGGAUGCUCUUGUAGCCAUUGCACCUUUGUAAUUCAUGCUUCUUCAACCCAUGAAAGAGGUGGAGCCAUCAGCUGCUCAGGUUGUAAGAAAAUCAGAGACAGAAGGCAGGAUUCACUUUCUAACCGGGUCGGGGGUGGGGAAGGUCAGGGUAGAAGGAAACAUGUUUUCCCCAGCUCCCAGGAGGAGAUGAAGACCAUUUUAUCGCCAUUUCCAUCCCUGCAUAUUAAAUAGUACUAUUAUGUAGAAUUUUCCCGUGAUUGUUAAAAUAAUAACAGGAAAUAAAUGGAUGCUGCAGUUUUAGUUAGGGCUAAAUGCUGAGCAGUGAUUGUUGGAGUGUGUGUGUAAAUUUAAAUUGUAGCACAUAUUCAGGGUCAGGAAAGGAGAACGUGAGGGAGGAACCAAUUUUAUCCGGCCCAAGUGAGUUAGUAGAAAGCGCCAGGUCCAGAGGCAGACAAGGCAUCUGGUUAAUUUCCAGAAUUGGCUAAAGUUCACUGAAUUUCUAAUGAUAGGAUGCAUGUGUGUGUUUUUAAGUUGCUUUUUGGAUUUUUGUUGCUUUUUCCAGAUAAGGCCUUAGUAGCCUCUAAAGAUCAACUAUGCAGAUAAACAUACUCCUUAUUUUUCACAUUUCCCUAUCUUUUCCAUUCUCAAAUAACAAAUGUUAAGACCCAAAGAAAUAAGGCAUAAGGGUUUUUAUUGAAUGUGUGUUUGUUCCUCUAGGGAAAAUUAACAGAAGCAUAAAAUAGAGAGAAUUUUUGUGUUCAUCUAUCCUAAAAUGUGAACUGUGUGUUCAAAAACUAUCUACAGAUCCUUUCACUGGUGCAAAGCUGUAGUUAGUAUCAUGGAAUGUCUUUGGGUUGUUAAUGAUAAAAUCAUCCCUGUGUUCAAUUCUGAGAGUUUUAAAUUAUAUGACACAAUGUUCUGGUUGAUAGAGCUGAACAGGUGGUCAGACUCUUAAUUAAAAAUAGCUUUGAAUAUUAAUGUUGAAUUCUUCUUUUUUGGUUUCCUUUAGUCUUCAUUCUUUAUUCUGAGCUCUUAAUCAUAUUGCUAUACUAGAAUAUGAGUUGUAUAUUAGGAGUCUGGGGAGGAAAGUUUAAAUUAUCUUUUUCGUCCUCUUCUCACUCACUCUGGCAGUCUGUCCUGUGUACCCAUAGAACUGAAAAGUUAAGCCCUGUGCAGGCCUGCUUUAGAAGACUGUUUACAUCCCAGCAGAGGACCUGGGCAGGGACUCUUAGGAUUUUAAUUAGAUGCCUUUGAAUAAUGUGAUAUUAAAUUUUAUUUUUCUCAUAGACUCCCAAAGUACCACUUGCUUGAAAGUAGCUACUUGUGAUAUUUAGUUUCCUUAUAUUGUAAUAGUUUUAUUUCUCAAUCUUUCCUGUGCAUAUCCAUUUCAUAGUGGGUUAGUACUUAAACUUCGGACACUUUUCCAAACUGUUACUCAAACAAGUCAGGAAUGCUUUUCAGAAUCGCAGUAGUAGUAUUAGGGUCUAUGUAUCUAGGACUUAGAGUCAUCAGUGGUCAUCACUGGGACUAGAGGUUUUUUUUUUCCUCUUCUCUGUAUUAAAAAACAGAUUUUGCUACUGUAUAAUGCGGCAUUAGCUACAUUUCAUGACUCCCUCUUGAUACUUUUUCGAGGUUAUUCAAAAGAGAUGCAGACCUUUAUUAGGGGCUAUUUCUCGUAAUAGUCUGCCUUGCUUAUUUUCAUACUCCCCCAGAAAUAAGCCUACUUUUGCAAACAGGUCAUAUGAAUCAGAUUUUAUGUUUGUUUCUCACAAAAUUUUCUAUACAUUAUUUGUUCCCAUUUUGCUAAUAAUAUAAUGAAUUUAUUAUAAAUCUGUUUUAAAUAUUUUAUAAUAGAGCACUAAUGGAAACCUAAUAAAUACAAACAAGAUGACUAUUACCCGAGAUAACUUGGAAAUACUUAUGUUUUUGAAGUUAACAACACCAUCUGCCCUCAAAGCACAUUUAGGAGUCAGUAUCAUCCAAGACCACCCAGUUGACAUGUUUUUCUGUGUGACAACCUGCCCUUAAAUUGUCAGAUGUUAGCUAUCUUGUGUUUGCUGUGCUUGCAGCCAUAAGCUUUCCUCCUUUUUUGCUUAUCCCUGCUGUUUGUAGGGUUGGUGUGCCCUCUGUCAGAAAAUUGGGUUUUCUUUACUAUACCUGAAAAAUUAUAUCAAGGGUUACCCCAGUAUUAGCUAGAGGAAUUAAAAGAGAAAAAACUUACUCUCAAUUGACAAAAGUAUUGCUGUUUUACAUAGUUAAUUGGAAAGUUGACCAACUUUGGUUACCUCUUUUUGAGUCUUGGCCAUGCCUUUGUAAUUAAUUACAUAUACCUUCUGAGACCUUCAGUUAAUCAAUGGGCCCUGCCCCAUUAGAGGUAGGUGCCCAGCCUACAAAUAAUUUCCUGUGAUCCAUGACAAGCCUCCAGAGAAAAGAGUCAAACUUUGCACUGCCCUUUUUUUUUUUUUUUUGGUUAUCAUUGAAAACUUACUUUAUUUUAGAAAGUAUGAAAAAUACCAAAUUGUUCUUUCAGAGAAUAUGUAAGUCUGGGGCUUGCCCUUUCAUUUACUUGCUAAACACCCUCACACUUAAAAGAAGAAAAAUCUCCGGCUGGUGAAAAUUUUGUACCCCAAAUAAUAUAUUAAUCGAAGUCUGCCAAGGUAGCUAAGUGUUGGGUGUUUUCUCUCUUUUACUACAAGCAAGAAAGUUUAUUUGCAUUUGUAAACAUAAUUAUGGAACUCCAGACCUACUUGGAAAUAAUGAUUCUGAUUUUUUAGUCUGGGUAAGCACAUACUUCCAACCCUUAUGGCAUGAAUUUUGAUAAGGGAUAGACUUGUUUGGUAGCCUAAGGAAAAACAGGAUGUAUUUAUACAGUGAAUGUUCACUCUGCAGAGGAACGUCCCUCCAGUUACACUUCUCAUACAUUAGUCACCUCCACACUUGACAUUGAUGCCAACGUGUUUCCAAACCAAUCUCGAAGGCGCCUCAAGAGUUGAUGGUCCUCUAGGUGAAAGGCACGAAUUACUGUAUUGCAUUUGCUUACAGGGAGGUGUGUUUUUGCUAACUUGAAGGGAUAUACUGUAUUUCAAAUAAGUGUGUGACUUAAUAUUUUGGGAUUUUUUUUUCCUCCUUUAAAAACUGGACCUGAACACAAGCUUUGAGUUGAUAUUUGUAAUAAUCUCAGGACCUGAAAGAUUGUAGCAUUUAGUGUGUCUUAAAAAUUAUGUACUGUACCAGCCAUGGAUUUUUGUAAAUAUACCUGUCUCCCUUUUUUGUAUUAUUUUAGUAAAAAAAAAUAAUAAAUUUAAAUAAAAGGGGGUGGUGAUGACGUGAAUGGGUGUGGGUAUGUGUGCGUGUGUGUUUGUAUAAGGCUCUUUGAGAUGAACUGGUGCUUGUUUAAUUUCCAGCUCAAAUCGGAGCAGGAAUAUGGACAAACUGCUGCUACUGAACCCUGCACUGAGCCGAGGUAUUUCCAUUUUGUCAUUUUCCAUUUGGUUAAUUAAACUCUAGCUACCAGGAAAUGACGUAGAAGUUACUUCUUCCCACUGUCAUUUUGCCUUUGCAUUCUCAGUUCUCCUUGCCCCUUUGAGCUUUAAUAGUAAAACAUUUCAAACUUUGGGUGGUUUGCUUGUCUCUAGUUUUUAGAAAGCUCUGAUCACUCCUUCCUAAGAAAAAAGGGCAGGUAAAUUUUUUUUAACCAAAAAAUUACACAUUUCAUAAAACCCUGAAUUUUGGAUAUGUGAGAGGGCAUAAACAUUCCUAAAUAUGGACCUGUGAAUUUAGUAAAUUACUCCCAUAAAUAUACUCCUUCAGUGCAGGGAUUUUUGUGGUUUAUUUUCCUUUUUCUUUUUUCUUUUCUUUUUGCAACAGCCUUGCUCAUAUUCCAGGUGUAGCUAGCAAACCCCUGUUUUUGAAGCAAGAGCCUUAUUUGAUUCAGUGUAGAUGUUUCCUGUCUAUCCUUCGUGACAGGGCCUUUUACAUGAGUGUUUUUUCUUUUUGUAUAUGUUACGUGUUCGUUGUUGUAUUAAAUAAAGAGGAAUGUACAUACUA